GGAUAACUCACUAUUGACAGCGCUGCCCUCGUACGGGAGCUGCAGUUACAUUUUACACCUCUCUCUGUCUAGAUACAUAUCAAUCCUCACAUAUUACAUGCAGCCGCUUUCAACUUUACGCAGCCGAAUUUGAAGAUCUCUCUUCCAAGCGGAGAAACAGGGGGGGGUGGGAAAGAAAAAGCCAACAUGUUAAUUUCUCAGUGAAAGCGAUUCUUGUAUAAGUGCAGAAUCAACUCUGCUCCGUUCAGAGAGAGAGAGAGAGAGAGAAGCAGACCCAUUGACUUGUCCGGGAUCUGUUUUACUCAGCCGACAGGCAGCGAAAGACGGAGAAACGAUUUGCACUGAAAGUGAUACGCCACACACACACACACACACAAGGAGAAACAGCCUUGCAGAAUUAACUAUUGUGUUUCUCUUUGGAAACGCACAAGACAGCAAACAAACAGAGAGAGAGAGAGAGAGACAGACAAGACAAACAGAAGGCUGCUUUGAUGUUCGCCAUCCAGGACACCAUACCAAGAGGGGGUCUAGCCAUGAAGGAAGAACCUUUGAUUACUGGGAUGAAUCCUGUUAGGACCUGGAUACAUUCCGGCGGGAUACUGGAUGCGAACACCGCGGCUCAGAGUGGAGUCGGUUUGGCCCGGUCACAUUUCGAGAAACAGCCGCCUUCGAACCUGCGUAAAUCCAAUUUCUUCCACUUCGUCUUGGCUCUGUAUGACCGGCAAGGUCAACCGGUGGAGAUCGAGAGGACAGCGUUUGUUGACUUCGUAGAGAAAGAUAAAGAACAGAACGGGGAAAAAACAAACAACGGUGUUCACUAUAAAUUACAGCUCCUGUACAGCAACGGAAUCCGAACAGAGCAGGAUUUAUUUGUACGGCUCAUAGACUCAAUGACUAAACAGGCAAUCAUAUACGAAGGGCAGGAUAAAAACCCAGAGAUGUGUCGGGUACUCCUCACUCAUGAAAUCAUGUGCAGCCGAUGUUGUGACAAGAAAAGCUGUGGAAACCGGAAUGAAACACCCUCGGAUCCAGUGAUCAUCGACAGAUUCUUCUUAAAAUUCUUCCUCAAGUGCAAUCAAAACUGUUUGAAAAAUGCUGGGAAUCCACGAGACAUGCGACGGUUUCAGGUGGUCAUCUGCACAACAAUUAAUGUGGACGGCCAUGUCCUGGCUGUGUCCGACAACAUGUUCAUCCACAACAACUCGAAGCAUGGGCGACGAGCUCGGAGGCUCGAUCCCUGUGAAGCAGCCACUCCAUGCAUCAAAGCAAUUAGCCCGAGUGAAGGGUGGACGACAGGAGGAGCCACUGUCAUCAUUAUCGGAGACAACUUCUUUGAUGGAUUACAGGUUGUUUUUGGAACGAUGCUGGUCUGGAGUGAGCUGAUCACGCCUCAUGCCAUCCGAGUGCAGACACCCCCACGGCACAUCCCAGGAGUGGUGGAAGUUACGCUGUCCUACAAAUCGAAGCAGUUCUGUAAAGGAGCACCAGGGAGGUUUGUCUACACAGCGUUGAACGAGCCUACCAUUGACUACGGAUUCCAGCGGCUACAAAAAGUCAUUCCACGGCACCCUGGGGACCCUGAACGAUUACCGAAGGAGGUACUGCUGAAACGGGCUGCCGACCUGGUUGAAGCCUUGUAUGGAAUGCCACACAACAACCAGGAGAUUAUCCUGAAGCGAGCGGCAGAUAUUGCUGAAGCUCUUUACAGUGUCCCCAGGAGCCACAACCAGCUUCCAUCACUUGCCAAUACAUCGGGCCAUUCGGCGAUGAUGGGGGUGAACUCCUUUAGCAGCCAGCUGGCAGUCAACGUGUCCGAGACGUCACAGGCCAGCGACCAAGGUUACACCCGCAACACCAACAGCGUCUCCCCCCGAGGGUAUGUGACCAGCUCCACCCCCCAGCAGCCCAGCUACAACACCAGCAGCAUGAAUGGGUAUGGGAAUACUGGGAUGUCCAACCUGGGAAUACCGGGCUCUCCGAGUUUCCUGAAUGGAUCUGCUGCCAACUCUCCUUAUGCCAUCGUGCCGUCCAGUCCUCCCAUGACGGCUUCCUCCAUCACCCUGUCUUCCAAUGGUAACACUACCCCAGGCAUUUUCUCAUUCUCUCCUGUCAAUAUGAUCUCUGCAGUGAAACAGAAGAGCGCCUUUGCCCCUGUCGUUAGGCCUCAGGCCUCUCCGCCCCCUACCUGCACCGGCUCCAAUGGGAACAACCUGCAAGAAAAACCUAUCUGGUUCACAAAUGUCCUUUAGGGAAGGAAACUGCCAUCCUCACCUGUUCCAGCCUACAUGUGACUCCAGACCCACAGCAAUGUGGUUGACUCUUGGGAUGGGUAAUAAUUGCUGGCCCAGCCCACAUCCCAUGAAUGAAUGAGAAAACAUUUAUCUCUGUGCUGUACCUGUUGUGGGAAAGAUUAAUGAGGACAGCGUACAGCGAGCUUUUACUCUGUAUCUAACUCUAUGCCGUACCUGCCCUGGGAGUGUCUGAGAGGGAGAGUGUUGAGGAAGCUUUGUUCUGUAUCUAACUCAUGCUGUACCUACCCUGCAUGCAUUUAAUGUGACAGUAUAGAAGGAGAUCUACUCUGCAUCAAAUCCAUGCCAUACCUGGGAACAUUUGAUGGGACAGUGCAUAUGGAGCUUUAUUAUGAAAGUAACCGUGGCUGUAUGUGCUGUGGGACUGCUGAAUCAUAAAAACCCUACAGUGUGCAAACAGGCAAUUUGGCUCAACAAGUCCACACCAAUUAAGGGAUCUUUACUAUAAAUUGAUUCUGCGGUGCCCUGCCCAGUUGAGUUUGAUGCUGGCACCUGGUACAAAUGGCAAAAUGAAUUCCAAUGCCAGUUGUAUUUGUCAAUAAGCACAAAGAAUAACAUUAUCAAAAUAAAUUCCAGAGAAUGUUUUGUAGUCUGGGAAGACAUUACAGCACUAAACACACACUGGAAGGGCAAUACCACACCAUGCAUUAGGAUAUUGAUGGGAAGCACAGAAGUGUUAGCACAAUAUAUACUUUAUGCUGUUCUUAGUCACUGUCACCCAAUGAACAGUGUAAUUGGUCUCAGGAUCGUAUGGGUUCAGGACAGGGACAAACACCAGCCAAGGUUCCCACUCUGACUGUCAUCUAACCAUAAACUGACUCUCAGUAGGUGCGUCUAUGAGUGUGAGUUUGUGUCUUUCAACACAUGCUUGGAGAAAUUACCACCAAUUAGUUAUUCAAUGGUGCCUGUGCAUUCCAUACCAUAGAAUGACAUUGAUAGUGCCUGGAUUAACUCUCUCACUUGUUCCAAUGCUGAUUCACUGAGGGCCAGCAAGCUUCUCCAGUGGGCCCAUGUCUUUUAUUUCCUUCUCCGAUGAUAUCCUUUCUCCCUUAGCUAUCAUUUCAGGAGCCUUUUUUCUUAGUGAUUCCUAAGCAAUCAAGAUUUAAACCUUCCUCCCUUCCCAUCCAAUUUUGUAAAUAAUUCUGUCCCCAUUUCGCCUCCCUCUUCCUCAAUGGUCCCCCACAUCGUAUCCCUGCCCUACCCCACCCCUGACUCUGUGACCCCCACCACCCGAAGGUAAGGAGACACUGGGGCCAAUUACACCUACCCCAACUGGUUAACGUCAGUCAGCCCGGUGCAAAUGAGGAAAUCAAAGUUGAGAACGUCUGGUCUCUCAGGCUCAGAGUCUACAGAUUGAACAGGGGUUUCGGGCAAUAGUAACGUUAGCACGAGGUGAUAUUUCCACCGAAAUUGCGAGAGAGAGUGUGUGCGUGUGUGUAUGUGUGUGUGCAAUGUACAGGCUGUGUAUAUAUUGAUAUCAAAGGGUUGAACAUUCUUUGGGUUACAUGGGGUUUUGCCAAGUACUGUACAGUACGAUAUGUUUAAAUGCUUGCUGUUCUUGUGAAAUGAAACUGGUACCAGUCUGUUGCUUAAUAAUCCUUUCUCCGUUGUGUUUUUUUGUACGUAGUUUGAAAAAAAAAGAAAUGCUGUUAACACUUUGUGAUUUUUUAAAACUUUUUAUUUUCUUUGGACUCUUGCUCAAGUUGUACUUAAAGCCGUGUAUAAUAUCAGUGUCUUCAUGAUGACUUUUACAAUUCCUAAAUAAAUUAAU